GCGCUGGACACGCCGUGGGCGCUAUAGCAACGGUAGCUAGCGGCGGUGCGAGCGGCGAUCGACCAUGUCUGGUCCCACUGAUGAGACCGCUGGAGAUCUGCCCGUGAAAGACACGGGCCUAGGCCUCCAUAGGAUGGAGGGCUUCCAGGAAACUUCCACAACACGAGCGAUGAGAUCUCGGCAGGCAGUGGCACGGGUCAGUCGGGAGGAGCUGGAAGACAGAUUCCUGCGUCUGCGCGAUGAGAACAUUUUACUUAAACAGCAUGCCCGCAAGCAAGAGGAUAAAAUCAAAAGAAUGGCCACCAAGUUAAUACGACUAGUUAAUGACAAGAAACGAUACGAACGGGUUGGUGGCGGCCCCAAGCGGCUGGGACGGGAUGUAGAAAUGGAAGAAAUGAUGGAACGUCUGCAAGAGAAAGUUCAUGAGCUUGAAAGGCAAAAUGAAGUCCUCAAAAACAGACUCAUUUCAGCCAAACAGCAACUGCAAAUCCAGAGUUCCAGACAAACUCCAUACAGCUAUAUACAGUCUCGUAUUAACACCGGGCGUAGAAAAGCAAAUGAAAGUGCAGGUUUGCAAGAAAGCCCCAGGAAAGGUAUAAGAUUCCAAGAUGCAGAUGUAACAGGAACCAUACCACCCAUGCUUACAAAAUAUGACAGCAGUUUACUUGACGAAGCCAGAGGAGAAAUAAGAAAUUUGGAAGAUGUUAUUCAGUCACAAAGAGGCCAGAUAGAAGAGUUAGAACACUUGACUGAGAUUCUGAAAACACAGUUGAGGAGAAAAGAAAAUGAAAUUGAGUUAUCUCUUCUCCAGCUUCGAGAACAACAAGCUACAGAUCAAAGGUCAACUAUUCGAGACAAUGUAGAAAUGAUUAAGCUUCAUAAACAACUGGUGGAGAAAAGCAAUGCUCUUUCAGUAAUGGAAGGAAAAUUUAUCCAGCUUCAAGAGAAGCAAAGAACUCUCAGGAUUAGCCAUGACGCUCUGAUGGCAAAUGGAGAUGAGCUAAAUAUGCAGCUUAAAGAGCAGCGUUUAAAAUGCUGCAGUCUGGAGAAACAACUGCAUUCCAUGACGUUUACCGAAAGAAGGAUGGAAGAGCUGCAGGAUAGAAUUAAUGAUUUAGAAAAGGAACGGGAACUUUUAAAGGAAAACUAUGAUAAGCUUUACAACAGUGCCUUCAGUGCUGCCCACGAAGAGCAGUGGAAGUCAAAGGAACAGCAGCUCAAAGUGCAGAUUGCUCAGCUCGAGACUGCCUUGAAAUCUGAUUUAACAGAGAAAACCGAAAUCCUUGACAGACUGAAAACGGAAAGAGACCAAAAUGAAAAGCUCAUGCAGGAGAACAGACAAUUACAGUUACAGUAUCUGGAACAGAAAGAAAAAUUUGAUGAACUUGAAAACCGCAUGAAGUUUUACAAUCAGGAGAGUGAAAUUAAUGUUGAUGAACUGAGUGAAGCCCUCCUGCUUAUCAAGGCUCAAAAAGAACAAAAAAAUGGAGACCUUUCCUUUUUAGAGAAAGUAGACAAUAAAAAUCAUAAGGAUAUAGAGCGCUCCAUGAGAGAGUUACAAGCCACACACGCGGAAACAGUGCAAGAACUUGAGAAAACAAGAAACAUGCUGAUUCUGCAACACAAAAUUAAUAAAGACUAUCAGAUGGAAGUUGAAGCGGUGACCCAAAAGAUGGAAAAUUUGCAACAAGAUUAUGAGCUCAGAUUGGAACAGUAUGUUCAUCUUCUUGAUGUCAGGGCUUCACGCAUCCAGAAGCUGGAAGCCCAAUUAAAGGAUAUCGCCUAUGGCACUAAGCAAUACAGAUUUAAACCAGAAAUCAUGCCAGAUGACUCUGUUGAUGAAUUUGAUGAAACCAUCCAUCUAGAACGAGGAGAAAAUCUAUUUGAAAUCCACAUCAACAAAGUGACCUUUUCUUCUGAAGUUUUACAAGCGUCUGGAGACAAAGAGCCUGUGACUUUCUGUACCUAUGCUUUCUAUGAUUUUGAGCUACAGACUUCUCCCAUAGUGCGAGGCCUUCACCCAGAAUAUAACUUCACUUCCCAGUACCUUGUUCAUGUUAAUGACUUAUUUUUGCAAUAUGUUCAGAAGAAUUCCAUCACUCUUGAGGUUCACCAAGCUUACAGCACAGAUUAUGAAACAAUUGCAGCGUGCCAACUGAGAUUUCAUGAGAUCCUGGAAAAAAACGGCAGGAUAUUUUGCACAGCAACUUUGGUGGGAACGAAAGGAAACAUCCCAAAUUUUGGCACAGUAGAAUACUGGUUCCGAUUAAGAGUUCCCAUGGAUCAAGCAAUUCGACUUUACCGAGAACGAGCAAAGGCUUUGGGAUACAUAACAUCAAAUUUAAAAGGCCAAGAUAAAAUGCUGUCGUUAAGUCAGCAAGCACCUAAAACUGCUCAGCUCAGUUCUACAGAUCCCACAGACGGCAACUUAAAUGAACUUCACAUUACAAUAAGAUGUUGCAACCACCUGCAGUCCCGAGCAAGCCACCUGCAGCCACACCCAUAUGUUGUGUACAAGUUUUAUGAUUUUGCAGACCAUGAUACAGCCAUCAUUCCCAGUAGCAAUGAUCCACAGUUUGAUGAUCAUAUGUGUUUCCCAGUGCCAAUGAAUAUGGAUCUGGAUCGAUACCUUAAGUCAGAAUCUCUGGGUUUUUAUGUGUUUGACGAUAGUGAUACCCAGGAAAAUCUUUACAUAGGAAAAGUCAAUGUGCCUCUGAUUUCAUUGGCACAUGACAGGUGCAUCUCAGGAAUAUUUGAGUUAACAGAUCAUCAAAAGCAUCCUGCGGGUACCAUCCAUGUUACGUUGAAAUGGAAAUUUACGUAUCUUUCACCAAGUGGUUCUUUAACAACUAAAGACUUAGGAAACUUCAUACACAAAGAAGAGCCAGAAGUUGUUCACAGGCUACCUCCAGCCUCUUCUGUUAGCACCAUAGCUGAGGCACCAAGACCCAAACCAAGACAACGCAUAAUGCCUGCAGAGAAGAAAGUGUCUUUUGCAGAUAUAAAGCCACAGGAGAAUUCUGAUACCUCUACUACUGCUGGAGAUAGGACGACAAUUUUGCCCAAAGUAGAAGAUACACCAGAAAUAGAAAUUACUGUGCCAUCUGUUUCACAUCUUCCAGAGGUUUCACACAGAAACGGCGUUGCCGAGGCACAGGAGAGGACCGACGAGACGCAGGAAGGAAAAGACGUCCUGUCUGUGCUCUCCGAGGGUCAGCUUGCAGAGCAAAGCUCGGCUUCCUCCGAAGAUGAAACAGAAAUCACGGAGGAAUUGGAACCAGAAGUUGAGGAAGACAGAUCAGCUUCGGACAGUGAUGAUAGCAUCAUCCCAGCUCCUGUCGCUGAGAGCUUCAAAGAGCCAUCAGAGAAAAUCCGUGUUGAGAUCAUAGCUCUGAGCCUUACUGAUUCUCGAAUAACCAAGGAUGCCACUAUCCAGCGGCUGUUUGUCGAGUACCGAUUCUACAGUCUUCCUCCUGAAGAAACUCCUGUGUCACUCCCUAAGCCCAAGAGCGGACAGUGGGUUUACUAUAACUACAGCAAUGUGAUCUAUAUGGAUAAAGAAAACAACCAAGAGAAAAGAGACAUCUUAAAAGCCAUUCUACAGAAACAAGAGAUGCCUAACAGAAGUGUCCGCUUCACUGUGGUCAGCGACCCGCCACAGGACGAGCAGGAGCUGGAAUGUGAGGACAUUGGUGUGGCUCACGUCGACCUCGGCCACGUGUUCCAGGAAGGGAGAGACAUCAUUGAGCAAAACAUUGAUGUUUUUGACACGGGAGCAGAUGGCAAAAGUAUCGGCAAGCUUAGAGUAACAGUCGAAGCUCUCCACGCCCUCCGGUCUGUCUACCAGCAAUACAGAGAUGACUUGGAGACUUGAAAGGAACUGCUCCAGAGGCGUCCCCUACUCCUGAGUAAAUGUUCACAUGAAAGCGCCUCGAUGAGAUUGUUUUGUAAUUACUCUGGUGGAUAUAAUCUAUAAUUCAUGGGAAGCCAGGAGGAGGGAGGGGGAAGCCUGGGUUUUUGAAAUGUUCAAAUUUUGUAUACUUUUCCAUUUGUUUAUUUUUCUAUUCCCUCUUUCCCAUGACUGCCACCCCUCAGGGCCUAAGUUCUUCACCACGGGUAACACCUUCUCAAUAAUUUAUACCUACAUGAUAACAUGAGAAAGUCUAUUUGCAUUUUCAACAUUUUCUUAAGAAGAACUGAACUGCAGCUCCCAUUUUUAUUUUUAAUAAGCAAAAGCAUAAAUUUAGAAAACCUAUGAAAAAGAAAUACUUUUAUGUUAUCCCUAAUCGUCCCACUAAAUGGAAUGCCUAUGAUUAGCCUCAUUAAGAGUUUUAUGCUGUGAAGAUUUUAUUAGAAGCAAUAUAUGAAAAUUACUUGGAUUAAUGUGUUAAUCUUCCUCUUUAAAAUGCUAAUAUCCAUUUUAUGCAUAUUAAAGCUCAGUAUGCAUUUUCUUUGA